AUGGCCCCGCUGCGGCCUCCCCCAGCGCGGUCCCCGGCCAGCGCCCCGUCCCCGGACGCGAAGCCGCCCACCGCCUCGGCGCUGUCCCCGAUGGCCUCUCCCCCGGCCCCGCCCAACGAGGCCCCGACCGCGCCCGCGCCCUCCGCAAUGACCCCGACCACCUCAGUCUCCACCCCAGCCGGUGCCCCCACCGAGACUCCCGCCGGCAAUGGCGCCGCCUCCUCCGUUGUCAGCUUCAUCACCAUCGUCGGAGCGGUCGCCGCCGCUAUCAUGUUCUAA